UCACAGUUGUGUACAUGAGCAUGUAUGUAUGUAUUGGGAAGUGUGUAUUUUGUUACUACCUGUAUAAUUUCAGAUAAAACUAAAUCAAAAAAGCAGAUUUUUGUAAGAAUUAUCGGUUAACAUGUCAUUUAAUUUAAUGUGUUGGUUUUGUGUUUCCUGUUGACAUUGUUCUUGUAAUGGAAGUUAAUGUGUUAAAUUAAGUAUAAGCUAAGCCUAAGGAUAUGAAUUGGAUGCAAAGAAAACUGAAUCGAAAUAUUAACAGAUUGUGUAACUUUGGAUCCUCUCUCCUAAUGCAGCAAUCUCCAAGGAAUGGUACCAAUGCUAGAAGAUGGCUGGCGGUGUUUAUUCUGUUCUCACUGUGCAUGGUAAUGUUCUUCCUGCUGGGAAACAUGCGUCUCCCGCCACAUCUCAAUCCUGACAGUAGCAGGUGGCUGCCGUAUCGAUUCCAGAAAGUGAAAGAUAAGUUCUGGUUUGAGCACUCCUGUUUGAAGAGUGGGAUGCCAGAAGUUUUUGAGGACCUUGAACGUCUGAUGACAGAAUGGAGACAAUCUAAAAAUAAAGAAUGCAGGCAGCUUUUCUUUACGUUUCUGAAGUUAUUCAGGCUGACAUUCCAGCAAGGAGAAAUUGUCAUUCCAGAUGCAUUUUCAAGUAAAGUUAGGAAAUGGCUUGGAAAUAAAGAAGAAUUAUAUGAAGAGUCUAAAAAGCAGACAAUUAUCUCUGUGUACAACAAAUAUACUCGUGAGCAAAACAUGUACAACCCUAUCAGGAAUAAACGUCCCAUGUCAAUUCCAAAAAUACCAGAAAGAGAGUAUAUAGACCAGUUAGCCAGAGAGACUCAGCCAGAUUGUGAUUUCUGUAAAUAUAAAGAUUCUACUGCUGAGGACGUGUUUGGACGUAUUGACAAUAAAUAUUCAUACAGUGCUUCCAAUACAUUCAAGUUAGAUCGCUGGCAUGCUCUGUUUAUGUUGAAAUCACAUCAUCCACACAACUGGACUAGAGAACAGUUCUUGGAUCUCAUGACUACUGGUCAACAAUGGUUUGAUCAAGUGUACAAGUUAGACAGCAUGCAUAAAUACCCAUCACUGAUAUGGGAUCUACUUCCUCACGCUGGUGCCAGUCAAGUUCAUCCUCAUGUACAUGGAUUUCUCGAUAAAGAUGCAUACCAAGGUGCAAUGGAGUUAUGGAGAAAAGCUGCACUGGACUACAAUACUGAUGUUCCUAAUCAUAAUUACUUCACAGAUGUCAUAGAAAUACAUUCAAUAUUAGGUCUUACUGUAACAUAUGGCAAGGCAGUUGCCUUUGCUAACUUGGUACCAAAGAGAGACAAUGAGAUUGUGAUAGUCAGUGAGAAAGCAGACAAAGAUUUCUAUUUACUUUGGUAUUUUGUCAUGAGAGCAUUCUUAGAUGAUAUUGGAAGUGGAAGUUUGUGUUUUAGUUCUGGCAUUGCAUUUCCUAGCAUGAGUGGUGAUAUCAGCUGUAAUUCGCUGCCAGCGUAUGUACGUAUACUUACACGAGGCUCAGUUGCUGAUGUACGUUCUGAUAUCAGCUCACUGGAAUUAUUCACAGCAUCAAAUGCAAACACAGAUCCAUACAAGAUAAUAGAAGUUAUAAGACAGUCAGUGAAUAAACGUGGUUAUAGCCAUAGAUAGCAGUAGUGGAAUAGUUUUAACUGUAUUCUGUGAUUUAACAAGAUCAAUGAGAUUGAGAAUAGGGUAUUGUACAUUUGUUAGGUCAUUAUAAAUUAAUUGCUGGAUUAUCAUCCGAAUUUUCCAUUAGAAAGGGUUGGGAGGGAGUAUUUUAUAUUUUAUUUUCAUCUGUACUAAUUGAUCAUGUCCAGUAUGAAAAAGUACUAACUGCGUAAGGUUUAACUACAGUCGAACUUUGUUACUUGAACUUAACGUGAACGUCAAAAUUUGUUCGAACAACUGGAAGUUCGAGCUAUCGAAUAAUAUACGUUAUAUAGGGAUUUUUCUGGGAUCUUAUAAUUAGUUCAAAAGAAGGGUGGUUCUCGAAUUAUCUAUAUAUGCAGUUAGAUGUAUGGAUAGUUUAACAGCAAAAAAAUAUUCAAAAGACAAAUGUUUUGUCUUUCUUAUGGACUCUUUGUGAAAAGUGUAUGGUGAUUAUUUUUUUUUUUAAAUAUUAAGAAGCAGCAUUAUAAGUAGGGUAGAGGGGAUGAUAAUUUUGUUAUUGAUUUAUUAUGGUCUUGUAUUCGUUGCUGAUAAAAUCUCAUGGAUUAUAAGUAGAGGUCCAAAGUUUUUAUCAGAGUUGUCUCUCUUUCAUUAUUUGUUGUGAUUAUUGUCAACUCUACUACAGGUUCUCAUGUGCAGAAUGGAAGAAGUUAUAAUUUGUAUGGCUAACGUAUAGAAACUUUUCACACAUUGAUGGACUCUAUUGGCUUUGACUGUAACGGUCAUGUGUAGUCUACAGCUGGUACACAAAAAUUUUACAUUUGUUACCAUUUGGUACUGUGAAAUCCUUUAAUCUCUUUGACAUGAAAUUUUGUUGUUAGCCCACCAUCAUCAGAUGGUGGGCUAUUCAAAUCACUCUGCGUCCGUGGUCCGUCGUCCGUCCGUCCGUCAGUCCGUCCGUCCUUCCUUCCGUCCGUUAACAAUUUCUCGUUAUCGCAUCUCCUCAGAAACUACAUGGGGGAUUUUGACCAAACUUUGUCAGAAUGAUGUAUUGGUACCCUUGUUUUGUCCCCCUGAAAAUCAGACUGGUUCAACAAUUUUUUAGUAAGUUAUGGCCCUUUGUUUAUUUCUAUAAUUUACAUAGAUUUAUAUAGGGAAAAACUUUGAAAAUCUUCUUGUCCAAAACCACAGAGCCUAGGGCUUUGAUAUUUGGUAUGAAGCAUCAUCUAGUGGUCCUCUACCAAGAUGAUUCAAAAUAUUUCCUUGGGGUCUAAUAUGGCCCCGCCCCGGGGGUCACAUGGUUUAUAUAGACUUAUAUAGGGAAAAACUUUGAAAAGCCUCUUGUUCAAAACCACAGGGCCUAGGGCUUUGAUAAUUUGUAUAUGACAGCAUCUAGUGGUCUUCUACUAAGAUUGUUCAAAUUAUCCCCCUAGGGUCAAAUAUGGCUCCGCCCCGGGGGUCACAUGGUUUACAUAGACUUACAUAAGGAAAAACGUUGAAAAUCUUCUUGUCCAAACCACAAAGCCUAGGGCUUUGGCAUUUGUAAUGUAGCAUCAUCUAGUGGUUCUCUACCAAGUUUGUUCAAAUUAUCCCCCUAGGGUCAAAUAUGGCCCCGCCCUGGGGGGUCACAUGGUUCAUAUAGACUUAUAUAGGGAAAAGAUUUUAAAAUCUUCUUGUGAAUAACCUACAACAUUCAAAUUUGGAUCACAUGUAUGGUUUUGAGUGGCAAGAUGAACCUUGACAUGAGUUGACCUUGAUUUUGACCUAGUGACCUACUUUUACAUUUCUGUAGCUACAGCCUUCAAAUUUGGACCACUUGCAUAGUUUUGUGCACUGAAAAAAAUUUGACCUUGACUUUGACCUAGUGACCUUCUUUCACAUGUUUGAAGGUACAGGCUGCAAAUUUGGACCACAUGCAUAGUUUUGUGUUCCAAAUUGGAAUUUGACCUUGAUUUUGACCUACUGACCUACUUUCACAUUUCUCAAGCUACAGCCUUCAAAUUUGGACCACAUGUAUAGUUUUGUGUACCGAAACAAACUUUGACCUUUACAUUGACCUAGUGACCUACUUUCACAUUUUUGAAGGUACAAGCUUCAAAUUUGGAACACAUGCAUAGUUCUGUGUUCCGAAAUAAAAUUUGACCUUGAUUUUGACCUAGUGACUUACUUUCACAUUUCUCGAGCUACAGCCUUCAGAUUUGGACCACAUGCAUAGUUUUGUGUACCGAAAUGAACUUUGACCUUAAGAUUGACCUAGUGACCUACUUUCACAUUUCUGUAGCUACAGGCUUCAAAUUUAGACCACAUGCAUAGGAUUGUGUACUGAAACAAACUUUGACCUUGACAUUGACCUAGUGACCUACUUCCACAUUUUUGAAGGUACAGGCUUUAAAUUUGGACCACAUGCAUAAAUUUGUGUUCUGAAGUGUAAUUUGACCUUGAUUUUGACCUAGUGACCUACUUUCACAUUUCGUCAUUGAAAUUGAUCUAGUGACCUACUUUCACAUUUCUCAAGCUACAGCUUUCGAAUUUGGACCACAUGCAAAGUGUUGUGUACGGAAAUGAAAUUUGACCUUGAGCUAGUCAGUAAGUCUUGAAAUUUGGAACACUCAAAAAUGGCACAUUGGUGGGCGCCAAGAUCACUCUGUGAUCUCUUGUUUUAGUUAAAACUGCUGUUCAUCUUGUAUCUUGAUGUGGUUUUAUAAUUUUAAAGAUAUUAGGAAUUUUAUUCAGAAUUUUGGAUUUUGAUCUCGCAAUAGUUAAUAGAAGGAUUUUUCUUGAAUAUUGUUGUUACAUUUUUUGAGUGCAAAAAGUGUAAAUACUGUAGAAUCUGGUAAAUAAGCGCAUAUUCGAAUAUAAGUGCAUAUCAAAAGUAAGCGCAUGUGGCCUUACCGUUAUUCCGUAUGGGAUAAUAAGGGCAUGUCAUGCCCUUACCAUAAUUUUGUCUCGAAAGUAGGCGCAUAUCCGAUUACUGGUAAACAAACAACAGAUGCAGGAAAAUACGUAAUUAACGGUAUUAUUCCGUGAUGAUUGUUUAUCUUAAAUACAGGUGACAAGUGUUCUUACCUGUUGAAUAGUCGAUGGGUGUUAAAUGAUUUUAACGUCUAUUGUCUAAUAAAACGAUAAUUGUUUACGAUAAUCAUACGUUUUGAUUAGAAAAUGUUUUUAGUAAAUGAAAGUAAAAGUUUGAAUACCAGAAAGUUGUUUUGUAAAUCUCUUAAAAGAAUAUUGAUAAAAUGCUACAAUUUUUGUGUUGAACAAUUAUUGAAUAGUCCGAGGGAAUGAACAUUAUUUGCAAAUUAAGUAGUUCAUUAUGCUGUCAUUAUGUAUAGAUACUGAAGGUUUAUACAAUAAAAGGAAGUAGUUCACUGCUCACGUCCAUGACCAUGUUUUACUUUCGUUUUCUCAACCAAGGUAAGCACUGUCAGUUUUCCUAAUAUAUCAAACUUAGGCGCACACGGCUUGUCUAUAAGCGCACAUCAAAUGUAAGUGCAUAGUUUAGGCUUAAGUAUAAGCGCAUAUCAAAAAUAGGCGCAUUAAAGUGUCACUAAAAUUAUUAUAAGCGUAAACACUUAUUUACCAGGUUUUACAGUACUUGUUUUAAGAAUAGGUCAUUUUUUGAUGAUUGUAUCAAAUAAGGGUUGUUUUUUUUUUUGUAUGAAACUUGGCCGCCAUGUUGCUAGUCACUAUUUUCAAAGAGAGUAUUAUUUCUCCUACUAGCAGUCAUUUUAUUUAUAGCAUAAGAACAAGUGUACAUUUACAUCAGUAUUUUAUACAACAAAAUUAUAAUAUGAUUAUGUCUGCACUUGUAGUUAGCAGAUAUUGUUACAUUUAUUAAAACUAAAGAGUUAAAUUGAAACUACGCAUGUGCUAUAUAACCAUUUUAUACCCAGUCAUUACUGUUUUAAUUAUUCCUUAACCCUUACCCUGCUAUAUUUCUAUAAUGGAUUGGACCAUCUUCCAAUAUGGGCAGUACCAUUUAUCAUUUGAAGGGGUGUUUACUAAAAAUUUACUGACUGAAUAGCGAACAGUGCAGACCAUGAUCAGACUGCACGGAUGUGCAGGCUGAUCUUGGUCUGCACUGGUCGCAAAGGCAGAAUCACUUGCCGCCAGCAGGCUAAGGGUUAAUUAAACCAAAAAAACUUACCUUUGAAUACAUUGAACAGUUCACGUUCAUUUUACUCACAUGUUUUUUUCUUGAUGUUAUAACUGUAAAUGGGAGGUCAAGGUCACAUAUCUGGGUCAAAGGUCAAUUUUAAGUUUAGUUUAUAAUUCUGCCAUGUAUUAAUGGAUUUGGAAAUAGCUUUGCAUAAAAGCUCACCCAAAGAAGACAUAAAACUAAUAAUACCUUGGUCUAGCUCAAAGGUUGUGUUUGCAAGUGAAAAAUUAACAACAGUCAUUUUUUUGUGCCUUGUCUGAAAAAUUGACAUUCAUGAAGAAAAGUAGGGAUAGUUUUGGAUAAAUGCAAAUGUGAUAUUGUCAUAUGCAGCAGACAUUUGGCUUGUGGCAUCAAGUUAUUGUAUAUUUUUACACAAGAUUUUGUCGUUCAUAAGAUGAUGUAUUGCAUGUAUUAUUAUCUGUUUACAUGUCCAUCUUAUUCCUUUUGCCUCAGUCACCAUGACAAAUACCAGGUCUGAAAUUGAUACCACUGUCUGGCAUCCAGUCUUUUACCUCAAAGUGUAAUACUAUAAUAUGUAUGUCUUGUGUGUUUUUAGCUCAGAUGUCACAAAGUGGCAAGGUGAGCUUUUGUGAUCGCGCAGCGUCCGUCGUCCGUCCGUGCGUCAGUCCGAGCCCACGAAUGAACAUUUGUUGGGUAUAGAGAACAAUAGGUAACGUUAAAUUCUAUUCAUUCAUGGGAUCUGUAUGAAAGUUGGUCUGAAUGUUUAUCUUGAUGAUAUCUAGGUCAAAUGCGAAACUGGGUCAACUCUGGUCAAAAACUAGGUCAGUAGGUCUAAAAAUCGAAAAACCUUGUGACCUCUGUAGAGGCCAUACUUAUAAAUGGAUCUUCAUGAAAAUUGGUCAGAAUGUUCACCCUGAUGAUAUCUAGAUCAGAAUCGAAACUGGGUCACGUGCCAUCAAUAACUAGGUCAGUAGGUCAAAUAAUAAAAAAAACCUUGUGACCUCUCUAGAGGCCAUAUUUUUCAUGGGAUCUGUAUGAAAGUUGGUCUGAAUGUUCAUCUUGAUGAUAUCUAGGCCAGGUUUGAAACUGGGUCAACUGCGGUCAAAAACUAGGUCAGUUGGUCUAAAAAUAGAAAAACCUUGUGACCUCUCUAGAGGCCAUACUUUUGAAUGGAUCUUCAUGAAAUUGGUCAGAAUGUUCAUCUUGAUGAUAUCUAGGUCAAGUUCGAAACUGGGUCACGUGCUUGUCAGUAACUAGGUCAGUAGGUCAAAUAAUAAAAAAACCUUGUGACUUCUCUAGAGGCCAUAUUUUUCAUGGGAUCUGUAUGAAAGUUGGUCUGAAUGUUCAUCUUCAUGAUAUAUAGAUCAAAUUCGAAAAUGGGUCAACUGCCGUCAAAAACUAGGUCAGUAGGUCUAAAAAUAGAAAAACCUUGUGACCUCUCUAGAGGCCAUACUUUUGAAUGGAUCUUCAUGAAAAUUGGUCAGAAAAUUUUAACCUUGAUGAUAUCUAGGUCAAGUUCGAAACUGGGUCACGUGCCUUCAAUAACUAGGUCAGUAGGUCAAAUAAUAAAAAACCUUGUGACCUCUCUAGAGGUCAUAUUUUUCAAUGGCUCUUCAUGAAAAUUGGUUAGAAUUUUUAUCUUGAUGAUAUCUAGGUCAGGUUCAAAACUGGGUCACACGAGCUUAAAAACUAGGUCACUAUGUCAAAUAAUAGAAAAAACUGACGUCAUACUUAGUUCAAAACUGGGUCAUGUGGGGACAGGUGAGCGAUUCAGGACCAUCAUGGUGCUCUUGUUAUAGUUUUCUUCGAAAGACCUUUAAAGUCUUUCUUUCCUACAAACAUAACUACCAUUGAAUGCUUGUCCAUUAAUGUGAUGUUGAAAACAUGAAACUAGUCUUUAUUGGGCAUUGACUUCUUUUUUUAGCUCACCAGUCACAAAGUGACAAGGUGAGCUUUUGUGAUCGCGCGGCGUCCAUCGUUCAUGCGUCCCUAAACCUUUGGUCAUUUUUCAUGGGAUCUUUAUGAAAGUUGGUCUGAAUUUUUAUCUUGAUGAUAUCUAGGUCAAGUUCAAAACUGGGUCACGUGCGGUCCAAAACUAGGUCAGUAGGUCUAAAAAUAGAAAAACCUUGUGACCUCUCUAGAAACUUUAUUUUUCAAUGGAUCUUCAUGAAAAUUGGUCAGUAUGUUCACCUUGAUGAUUUCUAGAAUAAAUUUGAAACUGGGUCAUGUGUUGUCAAAAACUAGGUCAGUAGGUCAAAUAAUAGAAAAACUUUGUGAUCUCUCUAGAGGCCAUAUUUUUCAUGGGAUCUGUAUGAAAGUUGGUCUGAAUAUUCAUCUUGAUGAUAUCUAGGUCAGAUUCGAAACUGGGUCACAUGCAGUCAAAAACUUGGUCAGUAGGUCUAAAACUAGAAAAACCUUUUGACCUCUCUAGAGGCCAUAUUUGUUAAAUGAUUUUCAUGAAAAAUGGUCAGAAUGUUCACCUUGAUGAUAUCUAGGUCAAGUUUGAAACUGGUUCACAUGCGGUCAAAAACUAGGUCAGUAGGUCUAAAAAUAGAAAAACCUUGUGACCUCUCUAGAGGCCAUACUUUUCAUGAGAUCUUCAUGAAAAUUGGUGAGAAUGUUCACCUUGAUGAUAUCUAGGUCAAGUUCGAAACUGGGUCACGUGCCUUCAAUAAUUAGGUCAGUAGGUCAAAUAAUAAAAAAACUUGUGACCUCUCUAGAGGUCAUAUUUUUCAAUGGAUCUUCAUGAAAAUUGGUUAGAAUUUUUAUCUUGAUGAUAUCUAGGUCAGGUUCAAAACUGGGUCACACGAGCUUAAAAACUAGGUCACUAUGUCAAAUAAUAGAAAAAACUGACGUCAUACUUAGUUCAAAACUGGGUCAUGUGGGGACAGGUGAGCGAUUCAGGACCAUCAUGGUGCUCUUGUUAUAGUUUUCUUCCAAAGACCUUUAAAGUCUUUCUUUCCUACAAACAUAACUACCAUUGAAUGCUUGUCCAUUAAUGUGAUGUUGAAAACAUGAAACUAGUAUUUAUUGGGUAUUGACUUCUUUUUUUAGCUCACCAGUCACAAAGUGACAAGGUGAGCUUUUGUGAUUGCGUGGCGUCCGUCGUUCGUGCGUCCCUAAACCUUUGGUCAUUUUUCAUGGGAUCUUUAUGAAAGUUGGUCUGAAUGUUUAUCUUGAUGAUAUCUAGGUCAAGUUCGAAACUGGGUCACGUGCGGUCCAAAACUAGGUCAGUAGGUCUAAAAAUAGAAAAACCUUGUGACCUCUCUAGAGGCUAUAUUUUUCAAUGGAUCUUCAUGAAAAUUGGUCAGUAUGUUCACCUUGAUGAUUUCUAGAAUAAAUUUGAAACUGGGUCAUGUGUGGUCAAAAACUAGGUCAGUAGGUCAAAUAAUAGAAAAACUUUGUGAUCUCUCUAGAGGCCAUAUUUUUCAUGGGAUCUGUAUGAAAGUUGGUCUGAAUAUUCAUCUUGAUGAUAUCUAGGUCAGGUUCGAAACUGGGUCACAUGCAGUCAAAAACUUGGUCAGUAGGUCUAAAACUAGAAAAACCUUUUGACCUCUCUAGAGGCCAUAUUUGUUAAAUGAUUUUCAUGAAAAAUGGUCAGAAUGUUCACCUUGAUGAUAUCUAGGUCAAGUUUGAAACUGGUUCACAUGCCGUCAAAAACUAGGUCAGUAGGUCUAAAAAUAGAAAAACCUUGUGACCUCUCUAGAGGCCAUACUUUUCAUGAGAUCUUCAUGAAAAUUGGUGAGAAUGUUCACCUUGAUGAUAUCUAGGUCAAGUUCAAAACUGGGUCACAUGCCUUCAAAAACUAGGUCAUUAGGUCAAAUAAUAGAAAAACCUUGUGACCUCUCUAGAGGCAAAAUAUUUCAAUGGAUCUUCAUGAAAAUUGGUUAGAAUUUUUAUCUUGAUGAUAUCUAGGUCGAGUUCUAAACUGGGUCACAUGAGCUCAAAAACUAGGUCACUAUGUCAAAUGAUAGAAAAAACAAUGUCAUACUCAAUUCAAAACAGGAUCAUGUGGGGACAGGGGAGCGAUUCAGGACUAUCAUGGUCCCCUUGUUAUUUGCUGAUAAUUAUAAAAUAUAUGAUGUUUCAUUUAUGAUGUAAAUUUUAUCAUCUUCAAGAUUUGAAUUAACAUUACAAACUUUAUGUGCACACACCUCCCAUCAGAUAUAUCAGUAAGAUAUAAAUUGUGUUUGUGUUUUAAAUGUUGAUAAUUGCAACUCUUGUAAAACAUGAUAUGCUUUUCAGGGGAGGUAACAAAUUGCUUAGAAUAUUUGUUCAUUAGACUGGCUGUGCAUGAGGAUAAUUAGAGACAAAACUGUUAGAUUGUUUCCAGUAACAUGCUUCAAGGCCAUAAAAACAC